AUGGAGCCUCAAAAGGGCUGGCAGUUCCAGGACAACUCUCGCUCCUCGUGGGACAUUGUCUGGACAUGCCUGACCACCAUCUUCGCCUGUACAUGGACCAUCCUGCACCAAAACGUGCCCACGCGGUAUGUCUCCGAGAACGAGGCCACUGCCCUCAAGCUCCUUACGUGGACCAUGACCGUGCUGGCCCCAGAGCUGCUCUUCCUGAUGGCCCUGGAAGAGUUAUGGGACGCCCACUCGAUGGCAAAACGCUGCAAUGCCGCCCAGGAGAGCACCGGUAGCAGCGACUCCGCGACAGGAGAGCCCACGUCGUGGCUAUACAACCGAACCAGCGCGUUGUCUGAAGCAGCCCACCCCGGCGACGACAUGCAGCUGUACGCUCUCCCCGCACGCUGGACGGUCGCGCAAUGCUUCUGUGUCAAAAUGAACGGGGUGACUCUGGAGACAGAGGACGGAUGGAUCUUCUAUGUCAAUGAUGACCAGAUCGUCGCCUUCGUCGAGGCAGGCGUUAUCAGGAGUCGCGACUUCACCGAUCGAGACAUCUCAGACCGAGCAAAGUCGGAUCCCUUUUCGAAGGCGUUUACCGUUUUCCAGAGUACCUGGGUCAUCGUCAACAUCGUCGCUCGCGCUGGGUAUAACCUCCCCAUCACCCCGCUGGAGUUCUCGACGCUGGCCUACGUCGCCUGCGCCCUGAUGACCUACGCCUGCUGGUGGAACAAGCCCCAGGGAAUGGCCGUUCCCAUAACGCUGUUCCUGCGAUGCACUCGCGCUAGCCUGCCGCCGCCGAUUCAAAGCCUGACUGAUGCAUUUCCGAAGCGAUGGGAGCAUCGCCGUGUCUUCUCGCGCAGCCGCGCCGUUACCGUAUUCCGGCGCUUAGGGACAAAGCUCGAGACUGAUUUUACGGCCGAGCCCGCGGAGGGAGGCGCAAGACGAGGCUUUUCGGGGCGGACAGUGAACGAAGAGUCCUUUUCGAACCUGCUGAUCGCCCUGUCAGGGCUUAUCUUCUGCGGACUUCAUGUCGCUGCAUGGAAUUUCCCAUUCCCCACGCGUGCUGAAGUCAUCGUCUGGCGGGUACUCGCGCUCGUUGGGCUUGGAUCGGUGGCUGUAAUGUAUGUAGUCGGGCAAGGGCCAACCACUCUGACAUGGCUCCGCGAUAAAGGCGCUACUUUGCCCCGCUGGACCCAAAGAUUCAGUGACCUGGAAGGGGGGUUUACUGGAGGGGAAGUGGUCUUGUCUUGCCUUUUUCUGAUAUUGUACGUCCUGGCUCGCCUGGGACUGAUGGCGUUGACGCUGUCUUCGUUGCGAGCGCUGCCUGCUGGCGCCUAUACUGCGGUGGUCUGGCUGGAGUCCAUUCCGCACAUAUAA